AUGUCUUCCGAAAGUGAAGGGCCCCUUUACGAGCCCAUCUCCUUAAUUGACCAAAAUGAAAGAGAUACCCUCACACGCAUUGCAACGGAGCAAUCGCGCCGACAAUCCAUUGUUCCUACCCAUCGACUAGCAUCUGUCGCAGAACACGAUCCCGCUCUCAAUCCUCAGUCCCCAAAUUUCAAUCUGCAAAAAUGGCUAGCUGCGGCUAUGACCGACGUUGGCAGAGAUGGUCGAAAGGGCCGCAAUAUGGGGAUUGUUUUCAAGAACUUGAAUGUAUAUGGAUCUGGUGCUGCUUUGCAGUUCCAGGAGACCGUGUCCUCCUUGCUGUCUUCUCCCCUUCGAUUGCCACAAACGAUCCGUGAAUCUCAUGCCCCUCGAAGGCGGAUUCUUAAGGACUUUUCUGGUCUUCUCAAGAAAGGCGAAUUGCUCCUCGUGCUGGGUCGUCCCGGUGCGGGAUGCAGUACGUUCCUCAAGUCGCUGUGCGGAGAAACACAUGGCCUGGAGCUUGAUUCGGACAGUGUGAUUCAUUAUAAUGGUAUUCCCCAGUCGCGCAUGGUUAAAGAGUUCAAGGGCGAGGUGGUAUACAACCAAGAAGUUGACCGACAUUUCCCUCACCUGACAGUCGGCCAGACUAUGGAGUUUGCCGCCGCCACGCGAACACCUUCCCACCGCUUCCAGGGUAUGUCCCGCGCAGAAUACGCCCGCUACAUGGCAGAGGUCACGAUGGCCGUCUUCGGCCUGAGCCAUACCUAUAAUACUCGCGUCGGAGAUGACUUUAUUCGUGGCGUGUCUGGUGGUGAGCGAAAGCGAGUCAGCAUUGCUGAGAUGGCCCUCGCUGCUUCUCCUCUUGGUGCUUGGGAUAACUCUACUCGCGGAUUGGACUCUGCCACUGCACUGAAGUUUGUAGAGUCACUCCGCUUGCUUUCAGAUCUGACUGGCUCUGCUCAUGCCGUUGCUGCCUAUCAGGCCAGUCAAAAUAUCUACGAUGUCUUCGAUAAAGUGAUCGUUUUGUAUGAUGGUCGAGAGAUUUUCUAUGGACCCGCUGCGGAGGCAAAGGCCUACUUUGAAAAUCAGGGUUGGGAUUGCCCACCCCGACAGACGACUGGUGAUUUCCUCACUUCGGUAACCAACCCCGGGGAACGUCGACCCAAGCCUGGCAUGGAAAGCCAAGUGCCUCGCACGGUCGAGGACUUUGAAAAUGCAUGGCUCAACUCUGCCGAGCACAAGAGGCUGCAGGCCGAGAUUGCUGCAUAUGAGGAGCAAUAUCCCGUUGAACAGGACUCGGCUGCUGCUAUCGAGUUUCAAGAACGGAAGCGCGGUAACCAGGCCAAACACACUCGACCAAAGUCACCAUAUAUCAUCAGCGUCCCGAUGCAAAUCAAGCUCAACACAAAGCGCGCCUAUCAACGACUUUGGAAUGAUGCCGCUGCAACUGUUUCAACCAUUCUUACCAACAUUAUUAUGUCUCUGAUCAUUGGAUCUGUGUUCUACGAUGCUCCCAGUACGACCGCCGCCUUCACAGAGAAAGGAGCCACGCUCUUCUUCGCAGUACUUCUGAAUGCCCUCACAGCCAUGUCUGAAAUCAACAGUCUCUAUUCUCAACGGCCGAUCGUGGAAAAGCACAACUCAUAUGCAUUCUAUCAUCCUUUCACAGAAGCUAUUGCUGGUGUACUUGCCGAUAUCCCGGUCAAAUUCUGUCUUGCCGUGGCUUUCAACGUCAUCAUCUAUUUCCUGUCCGGUCUCCAGCGAGAACCUGGAAACUUCUUCCUCUACUUCCUGAUUACUUUCAUUGUCACCUUCGUCAUGUCUGCAGUCUUCAGAACCUUGGCCGCAAUCACAAAGACUGUGUCUCAAGCAAUGGCCUUGGCCGGAGUCAUGAUCCUCGCCCUGGUCGUCUAUACAGGCUUUGUGUUGCCGCGCCCAUCCAUGCACCCCUGGUUCGAGUGGAUCCACUACCUGAACCCAAUUUACUACGCCUUUGAGAUCCUGGUUGCCAACGAGUUCCACGGACGCGAAUUCCCUUGUUCCCAGUUCAUCCCGUCAUACGCGGACAUGUCUGGCAAAUCGUUUUCUUGCUCUGCCCCCGGCUCUAUUGCAGGCGAGACAACCGUCAAUGGCGAUCUGUAUAUCUGGUUGAAUUAUCAGUAUAGCUAUAGCCAUGUUUGGAGGAACUUUGGUAUCCUCAUCGCCUUCCUUGUCGGCUUCAUGACCAUUUACUUCGUGGCGUGUGAGCUGAACUCUUCCACCACAAGCACCGCUGAAGCAUUGGUCUUCCGCCGUGGACAUGAGCCCGCUCACAUGCGUCGUGGUCACAUGGAGUCGGGCUCCGAUGUGGAAAAAAUUGAGGAUGCGCCGGUGAAGCAAUCCACAUCAGACGAAGAAGGCGAUGGCGGUAUGGGAGCGAUUCAGGCACAAACUGACGUCUUUACCUGGCGUGAUGUUUCCUAUGACAUUGAAAUCAAGGGAGAGCCUCGCAAGCUUCUGGACCAUGUCUCUGGAUGGGUGAAGCCUGGAACACUCACUGCAUUGAUGGGCGUCAGCGGAGCCGGAAAAACUACACUUUUGGAUGUCCUUGCUCAUCGAACUUCCAUUGGUGUUGUGACUGGAGAUAUGUUUGUCAAUGGAAAUAGCCUCGAUGCUAGUUUCCAGCGCAAGACGGGCUAUGUUCAGCAGCAGGAUCUUCAUCUUGAGACUGCGACCGUUCGCGAGUCUCUUCGCUUUAGUGCUCUUCUCCGUCAGCCGGCCAGUGUCUCGAUCAAGGAAAAACAUGAUUAUGUGGAAGAUGUCAUCAAAAUGCUACGGAUGGAAGACUUUGCUGAGGCAAUUGUUGGCGUGCCCGGUUCCGGUUUGAAUGUUGAGCAGAGGAAGCUCUUGACUAUUGGAGUUGAAUUGGCUGCUAAGCCGAAGCUUCUUCUCUUCUUGGAUGAGCCUACAAGUGGACUUGACUCCCAGAGCUCUUGGGCAAUCUGUUCCUUCCUUCGACGCCUGGCCUCCCACGGCCAAGCAAUUCUGUGCACAAUUCACCAGCCUUCCGCUAUUCUGUUCCAGGAGUUUGACCAACUGCUCUUCCUAGCACGCGGUGGAAAGACCGUCUACUUUGGACCAAUUGGCGAACAAUCACGGACCCUGCUGGACUACUUCGAGUCCCACGGCGCACGCACAUGCGGAGAUAGUGAGAACCCUGCCGAAUACAUGCUCGAUGUUGUGAACAAAGGGAGCAACUCACAAGGCGAGGACUGGUUCGAUGUUUGGAAGCAGAGCCAAGAGAGCAAAGGUGUCCAGACCGAGAUUGAUCGCAUUCACAAAGAGCGCCAGGGAGCGACUGCUACUGAGGGCGAGCCUGUCAAUCAUUCCGAGUUCGCUAUGCCAUUCUGGUUCCAGCUGUGGCAGGUGACCUAUCGUGUGUUCCAGCAGUACUGGCGCAUGCCCUCUUAUAUCAUGUCUAAGUGGGCACUGGGAAUUACUGCCGGUCUCUUCAUUGGAUUCUCUUUCUACGACGCCAAAACAUCGCUUCAGGGCAUGCAGACUAUCAUCUACUCUGUUUUCAUGCUCUGCACCAUCUUUACUUCUCUGGUCCAACAGUUGAUGCCCCUCUUCGUGACCCAGCGAUCUCUUUACGAGGUCCGAGAGCGACCCAGCAAGGCAUACUCCUGGAAAGCCUUUUUAAUCGCCAACGUCAUCGUUGAGAUCCCGUACAUGGUUAUCACUGGAAUUCUGAUCUACGCCUGCUACUUUUACGCCGUUGUCGGAAUCACCAGCUCAGUGAGCCAGGUCACCGUGCUCCUGCUCUGCAUCCAGUUCUUUAUCUACGCCAGCACAUUCGCCCAAAUGGUCAUCGCAGCUCUGCCCGACGCUGAGACUGCGAGUGCCGUCGUCGUUCUCCUUUUUGCUAUGUCGCUCACCUUCUGCGGUGUCAUGCAGCCCCCAACCGCCCUACCAGGGUUUUGGAUCUUCAUGUACCGUGUGUCCCCCUUCACAUACUGGAUUGGGGCCAUGGCGUCUACCCAAGUCCACGGGCGUCAAGUCGUGUGCUCGCCCGCAGAACUCUCUGUUUUCGACCCUCCUUCCGGCCUGACGUGCUGGGACUAUCUCAAGGAUUAUGCCACCAAAGCCGGAGGACAGGUUCUCAACAAGAACGCGACUUCGGGUUGUGAAUACUGUCCUCUCACUAUUGGGGAUCAGUACCUCGCAACUUCGGAGAUCUAUUACGACCAGAGAUGGCGUAACUUUGGCAUUGUUUGGGCUUUCAUUGCCUUUAACAUCUUCAUGGCCACCCUGCUCUAUUACCUCUUCCGUGUUAAGAAGUGGGACAUGGAUAGUAUGAAGAAGAAGUUUGCACGCUUUGUGCCGUCGAAAGCUUCCAAGGCCAACCAGUGA